AUGCCUGGAGAUAUCACUUUUGGAUCUGGGACUACUUAUUUCGGUGAUACUCUUGUGACGGCAGUCAACAACAGACAGGUCUCUCAAGCCCGUAUAGAUGAUCUGGCGACGCGGAUCCUCGCGGGGUGGUAUCUCCUCGGGCAAGACUCGGGUUACCCCGCGGUUAACUUUGACUCGUGGAACGCCAAUAACCCUGUCAACGCUCAUAAGAACGUCCAAGGAAGCCACAAAGAUCUCAUUCGCGCGAUUGGGAAAGCAUCUGUUGUGUUGUUGAAGAACCUUCACAAGACUCUGCCUUUGCAAAAGCCGAAGACGAUAGGAGUUAUUGGGAACGGAGCUGGUCCUGGUUCUAAGGGACCUAAUGGAUACACUGACCGAGGAGGGGAUGAUGGUGUGCUAGCUAUGGGUAAGAAUUACUUCCUUUACUCUCUGGGUAAUAACUUUCAUGAACGUACAGGAUGGGGAAGUGGAACCGCUGAGUUCCCAUACUUGAUUAAUCCCCUCGACGCCAUCACCACUCGCGCUCGGUCGGAUGGAACUACUGUUUCUUCGUCGUUGAGUGACUCAGAUCUCAAUGCAGCUCAAAACACCGCUCGAGGGAAAGACGUCGCUAUCGUGUUCAUUACUGCUGACUCCGGUGAAGGAUACAUCACUGUUGAAGGCAAUGCCGGCGACCGAAAUAACCUACAAGCCUGGCAUGGAGGAGACGCAUUGGUUCAAGCAGUUGCUAGUGUAAACCCCAACACUAUAGUAGCCAUUAACAGUGUUGGACCAAUUGUAAUGGAAGCAUGGGUCAACAAUCCUAACGGUACGCUCUUCUCAAUGCCAUCCCUACGGUUCUGA